AAAAAACCGAGGAUACGGUCUUGGAAAAUCAGCCAGAGGUUAUCCUUGAUGAAUGGUAUUGAUGCAGUCAGCCAUGCUGCCAUGGCCAAAUCUCGAUACCACGCAAGGUCUGAGAACGGGAAAUCUCAGGACUCGGCCAUCUCAAUCCACCCGUUUUCAGGCCCACGCACAAGUUACUCUCCGAGCAAGCAGCUACACCGGUGCACAUCACCUCAAUCCACCGAACACACUCUCAUUUCUUCAAAUCGAGAUUCCUCCAGCAGCUCGAAGACUACAUCAUCAUCAUCAAGGUCACUCCACGACCUUGACCCUAAUCUAUCUCGCUCAAGUAUGAGCAUGGAUCGGGCCUCUUCAGCUGGCGUCCCACUCUUCACACGCACCAGCUUUUCCCGUGAGGAUAGAGAGGAGGAGAGGCCGGCUUCAAGACUUCGGCGGCUCGAUGACGAAGAACUGGCCGCGAUCCCGGAAGCGCCUGACUUGGAAUCCGCCGAGCCUUAUGGCUUUAGAAUGACCCGCUCUCCCACAAGCAUGGACGGUGGUAACCGACGGCGUCUCAAGCCCCUCAUCCUGAGAAGUACUACCUCCAACACCAGCAGCUCUAGAACCCGAACCUCUCUACUAGAUCCCCCAGGAAGAAAUUCACAAUCUUCAGGAUCUUUCAGUCCACCUCAGCCUACCUAUGAGGCACUCAUUGCUGACUGCACAUGGCGAUCCUUGGGGAUCUAGUCAGAAAAGUAGCGAUGAUGUCACCUUGAAGGAUUCAGACGUCCUAACAGACAAGCAGACUGUCACGGAGCCCCAAGGCCUGUCUCUUCCACGGCGGAUAGAGAUUCAGAGUGCAUCUACUGAUGUGGAUUUGAAUGAUCAUAAACAAUCCACCAACGCGUCUCAGAAAAGGGUCGAGCUCAUGACUCCAAUUUCCAGAGAAGCUGGUGACCCAGCGGCGAGUCCAGAAAUCAAACUAUUGAACCAGGUUGAGAUGGGCAGUAAACUCAGCCUGAUGGUCCAGAAACAACCAUCUUCCAACACGAUGAACAAAGAAUCUAUGGUAACACUGAAUAUCGAAGACAGUGCAUCAAUCCCAUCCGAACUCCACAAGAGUCUGCCUGAUGCAGAGGUUGCAGAUGAGACAUUUGCCCCGAGAAAUUCUUUGAAGAGUCUCAACCCCAUCAACACCCAAAUGCUCACGUCUGGUCGGAGACGGGUGACUUCACACCAUUCCGUCCAGACAGGCACAUGUGAAGACAUUACCCUCGUCAACUCGCCAGCGAAGCUCGACAGUUCGCCGACGUUCAGGAGCGACCAUCCGAUCAGCUACCGCAAGCGUGUAUCUCGAACCUAUGCAUGCCGAAGCCCUCUCCACGAAGC